UCCCAGUUGCACCGCGGCUGAGCGCGUUUGUGUUCGUGGCAGAAACAAAAAUACACAAAGGCGAAGUGUUGACGAUAAGACCGGAAGUCCGCACGGAGAAGAACGGCUGGCCUUGGAAAGAGGACUCUCCUGCUAGCGGCCAUGGCGUGCUGCGGCUUCAACUGCUCCAAGACCUCCCUCUGCGCGCUCAACCUCCUCUACGUUAUGGUGAGCCUGCUGCUGAUUGGAGUGGCAGCCUGGGGUAAAUGGUUUGGCCUGCUGUCCAGCAUCCGGGUGACGGCGGGGGUAAUUGGCGUGGGCGUCUUCCUGUUCAUGGUGGCCGUUGUGGGGCUUUGUGGUGCCCUGAAGCACCAUCAGGUCCUGCUUUUCUUUUACAUGAUAACCCUGUUUAUGGUGUUCGUAGUGCAGUUCCUUGUGUCCUGCGUUUGUCUGUCACUGAACAAAGACCAGCAGGACCAACUCUUGGAGAUCGGGUGGAACCACUCGCUUGCCACCCAGAGAGAUGUGGAGAAAACUCUUGGCUGCUGUGGCUUCUCUCAUGUGGACUACAACAGCACAUGUGCAGCUAACUGUUUCCACCAGAAGCCUCCGCAAUCUUGUUACACCUGUUCAAACACCAUCCAGGCGUAUGCUGGGAACAUCCUGCGGUUUGUGGGUGGGGUCGGACUGUUCUUCAGUUUUACAGAGAUCCUGGGAGUUUGGCUAACUCACAGAUACAGAAAUACAAAGGACCCUCACUCAAAUCCAGGAGCCUUUCUGUAAACACCGGCUGCUGAACGCUGUGCUGAACCCUGAACACUGGAACCCUGAACACUGCGCUGAACCCUGAACGCUGUGCUGAACGCUGGAACCCUGAACACUGCGCUGAACCCUGAACGCUGUGCUGAACCCUGAAUGCUGGAACCCUGAACGUUGAACCCUGAAUGCUGAACACUGCGCUGAACCCUGAACACCGGAACCCUGAACGUUGAACCCUGAAUGCUGAAUGCUGCGCUGAACCCUGAACGCUGUGCUGAACCCUGAACACUGCGCUGAACCCUGAAUGCUGUGCUGACCCUGAACACUGGAACCAUGAACGUUGAACCCUGAAUGCUGAAUGCUGUGCUGAACCCUGAACACUGGAACCCUGAAUGCUGUGCUGAACCCUGAACGCUGCGCUGAACACUGAAACCCUGAACGCUGCGCUGAACCCCGAACGCUGUGCUGACCUUGAACACUUUGCUGAACACUGGAACCCUGAAUGCUGCGCUGAACCCUGAACGCUGCACUGCGGAUUUUUUUCAUUCACAUUGUAAAUCACAUUCAUAUCCUACUGAUUUCCUAUUCUGCCUAGGGAAAUUCCAUAAGUAAUUCCAUAAGUAAUUCCAUAAGUAAUGCAUUUUUGCUUAGUUUGUUUCACUGAUUACACUUUGAUGCAGACCAUAAAUGGAAAGACGAGAACCGUCACUUUAAAUCCUAACGUGGUUCACGUUGUUGUUAACAUCUAUGUUUACCUACCGUGAACACCUUGAGCAAACAGGGUGACGCGGUAGUGUUGAAGGAGUAUGGAUGUGGAUGACUGUGUUUUUCUUCGUAGAGGUUUUGGUUGUUUCUGUGUAUUUUUGUUCUUGGAUGAUUACAAGAUUCGGAUUGUUCCUUUACACCAGGAUCUGUACGCCUAGGGGCUUGUAAGGUUAAUAAAACCACAAGUGUAGUA